GGAUUAUAUGAGUGUUUAAAAAGAAUGGUAGAAAACAUGGAUGAAGUGAAUAAGAUUGAUGGUCAAUUGGAGUAUUUCAAAGCUAAAAAAAGGAUAUUUUGGUACAAAAUUAGCAAUUAUUGGAAUGAAAGUGAAAAUUCCAGCACAAUGGUGGGAAUCUUAUGGUGUAGAACAUCGAGAGUUACAAAAAUUUGUCAUUCGUGUAUUGAACUUGACAUGCAGCUCAUCUGGUUGUGAACGUAAUUGAAGUGCUUUUGAAAUGGUUCACACCAAGAAAAGAAAUUGUUUAAAGCAAAAAAUGAUGAAUGAUGUUAUAUAUGUCAUUGCAAACUCAAAAUUAGGCAAUAUUAUCAAGAGGAGGAAAGAGCCUAAUUUUGACGUUGAAGAUGUUGCUUCUGAUGAUGAUUGGAUUGUAGAGGAGGAGAAUGAGCUAAUAUCAGAUAUGAAUUUAGAUGAGAAUUUGAUUCAAGAUGGAGAAGCAAGCAGUGGUGUUGAUAGUGCAAGUACACCUAUGGAUGAUUUGGACCUUCCACCUGCUGAUGAUGAUGAGUCUAAUGUGGAUGAUAUUGAUAAACAUGACUAUAUAGAAGAUGAUUAUCCUGAUUGGGGCUUGCAAAAUUUAUUGUAAUAGAUUAGUA